CAUCAUUCUUUGUUGUCACCGUGGUCAGGAGUUGCCUUCUUGCCUGGCUGAACACACACCCAGCACAGCGAGCACACCUCCACGACGUACGUGAGCCUGCUCUUGGAUGAGACGAUGGCACACCACGCCAGCAAGAGCAUGAGCAGCUUCGAGGGCUAUGACAUCUUCAUCUCCCUGCGCAUUGCGGAGGCAGGGCAUGCCGGUCGAGGCCUGGCGGACGCACUCAGGGCGCAUGGCCUCCGCGUGUUUUUGUGCGAGAGCGUGCCGGAUGACAACGCUGCCGCGGCUUCGAUCAGAGCUUUGCACACAUGCAAGCUGGCUGUGCUGCUGGGCACACGCACCUACGGACAGCAAACCAAUAGCACGUUCAACACGAACCGCAUCCUCAAGUACGUCGUCAACCAACACAAGCCGUUCUUCCUCGUGCGCAUGUGCGACGGUGACUUUGCUGAGCCCGAGGCACAGUUCUAUCUGACCACCAGCGGCGCAGCGCAAUAUCGCUGGGUGCCUGAGCGCGGAGACACGCCAGCCAUGCCAGUGCCCGCAGACAUGGUGGACCAAAUCCUGGCGAAGCUUCAGCAGGCAGUAUGGGUCUCGACCGAACACGAUGUGGGGCAGCAGAGUGGCGCACACGCUGCGGCACCACGUCCGUACUGGCAGCCCAUCACCGUCGUCGCCUCACGGGCCACACACCAGCCAGGGCCAGUGCCCGAGUCGGUCACGGACCUACAAAACCCUUCGUUUGCUGCAUCUGAAACCGACGCAAGGGUGAGCGCCAGCUUUCCUUUGCUGGGCUAUGAGCACAACGCCACUGGCCGUGGCGCCAAUGCCUUGUGGUACGAGCAACUCGGUUCAGCCUCCGCCGACGUACAUGCAGACAAGAACCGCGGAGCACGUGCCAUCAGCGACAGCAGCCGCCUCGUCAAGCCCAUUGUCAUUGCCGGCAAGCACCUGGUCGAGGAUGAUUCUGACGACGACAACUUGGCCGACAUUGCAGUAAAGCAUGCUUGGAGCUGGACGAGCUGGACGAGCUGGACGAGCUGGACGAGCUGGAAGGCCAAAGCCCUCCUGGCCGUCUUGAUUGCUGUGGUUGCCGCGGUGUGCGUUGCUGUGCCCGUCGUCUUGUCGAUGGACCGCUGCAAACACUUCUACGGCACCCAUGGGGAGAUUUCCGCCUUGGAUUAUUCCAGCAGGCAGGUGACGUGUGUUGACUUUGUCAGCAUCAAGCACGUGCGUGGCGACGUGCGUCUUCAAGACAAUGUCGCCCUGACCAGCGUUGACUUUGAUCGCAUUGUAAGCGUGGAUGGAUACGUGCACUUCGAAGACAACCCGGCCCUGACCAGCGUUGACUUUGGUCGCAUGGUCGGCGUCGGUGCAGACAUCAGAUUCUACCAAAGCUCCAGUCUCACCCAGGUUGUCGUCGACAACAUCACCAGCUUGGGCGGGUACAUACGCUUUUCCUCCUGCCGAGCGCUCACAAGCGUCAACUUUGCCAGACUUGCCGCCAGCUUUGACGGCGGCAUCGACUUCGUCGGCAACGAUGCGCUGACAAACGCCAACUUUGGCCGUCUUGCCAGCGUUGGCGAGGAUUUGAUGUUUCGGUUCAACGCUGCCCUCCCAAGUAUCAGCUUUCCAGCCAUCACGCACGUGGGAGGCUGCGUCCGGCUUGAACACAACGACGCGCUCACAAGCAUUGACCUUGGCAGUCUCACAAGCGUGGGGGAAUAUGUCUCCAUCCUCGGUAACGACAACCUCACCACCGCCAACUUUGACAGUCUCUCCAAUGUGGCCGAAUACGUCUUCUUUGGCCACAACAACGCGCUCACCACGAUUGACUUUGGCGGGCUCAGAGACGUGAGGAAACACAUCUACCUCCACAACAACGAUGCCCUCACCACGAUUGACUUUGGCAGUUUCAUGCGUGUGAGGACAGACAUCAGCCUGUCCUACAACGUCGCCCUGACCAAUGUGGCCUUUCGCGGUGCUCUCAGCGUAGAUGGAGACCUCAAACUUAUCGACAACGCCGCUCUGCCCAGCAUUGACUUUGGCAACGUGACGCGCGUGGGCGGGGACAUUAAGCUCUACAGCAAUGACAUCCUCACAACCGUCGACUUUGGCCACAUCACCAGCGUGGAUGGAGACAUUAUCAUCUCUGCUAACGAUAUGCUCACCAGCAUUGAUUUUGGCAACAUGACGCAUGUGGGUGGAAAGAUUGACCUCUUCUUCACCCGCGCGUUGACUCACGUGGACUGCAAGAACGUGAAUGCCACGUGUGUGGAUACUCACUCCGGCUUGUCCCUCAUCAACUGCCCUGAAGAGUGCUAGGAUGCGUGUGUGCGUGCGUGUGUGCGUGCGUGCGUGUGUGUGUGUGUGUGUGUGU